AUGUCGAGUGAGCCCGAUCACUGGAGUUUCUUUCAGCUCCCGCCCUUCUUUACGCUCCAGCCGGGGCCGACGGCACUCGCACGGCAGAAGUCUCUGUGGGGGAAUCUUAUUAUGGACCACGCAGCGCACUAUGCGCCGCAGACGAAGCCGGGUUUCUGUCCAUUCCUUCGCCUCUACAAGAGCACGAGCGAUGUUUUUCGCAACCCCAGCGUUAACCGACGUCUCCCACCGGGGGCGGCCAGGCAGAUGCUCGAGUCUCUCGUAACACAAAGCCCAAAUCACUGUGCCGUUCUUCCGACCGGCGGCAACACGGACGAGAACAAUGACGAGAACUUUGCGGUUCUCCUCGCCUGCAACGUGGGUGGGCUGAAGGAAAUUGAGCAGGCGCUCUUGUCGUGGAUCCUUGAUAGGGGGGCCGGCACCACCACCGCACAUCUGGCGCAGAAGGGCGUGGUGAUGACCUUCGAUGAGUUGGUUGAAAACAAGUGCCUGACUUACCGACGGGAUCGGGAGCCGUUCUUGAGCAGGCGGUCAACGGCUCCCGUGAAUGUUGGGGAUGUGGGGGCCUUGUCGGAGGAGCAGGCCAUCCGCACUCUCCUUGACUGCCUCAAGAAUAGACCACUCUCGGCACUGCGCCCGAUUCGCAUCACCUUGUUUAACAUGGACGGCAGCGAAAGACAGCCGUAUGAAGGCGUAAAAUUUGGUGGGAUCAUCUCCUCCUGA